AUGGAAACAAAUGUACUUUUUGGUGAAAAAGUUAUUGUAUUUGGAGGAGAUUUUAGACAAACUCUUCCUGUAAUUCAGAGUGGACAAAAAGAAGACUUCAUUCGGGAAAAGAAUAUGCGUGCGAAAACUGAUCCCUCUUUCUGUGAAUAUUUGAUGCGAAUUGGAAAUGGAACAGAAAAGACAAGCUUGGAUGACAAAAUAGAAAUUCCGAGAUCUUUCAUUGUUCCUUAUAUUACUGAAAAAGAAUCACUUAUAUCUCUAUUUCCUGAAGAUGCUAAGACAUUUGUUGCCGCUGAUGAAACUGUUGAACCGAAUGAUCAGAGCCAAUUUGAAGAUUUUUUAUAUUCAUUGAACCUUGCUGGUUUGCCUCCUUACAAAUUAAUCUUGAAGGAAAAUUGUCCUGUUAUGUUGCUACGAAAUUUAAAUCCUUGUGAAGCUUUAUGCAACGGUACACGACUGAUAUGCUGUGAUUUUAAGACUCGUGUUAUAAGCGCUAAAAUUGCGACCG